AUGGUGCGGAAAAGGAAACUCUCCUCGACGUCUAUCAGCGCCAUGAACGGCUCGCGCGAUCAUCCGUCCGACCUGGACCCUGUUCAUACAGAGUUCAAGAUCACGAGCACCAUCAAAGGCUUCUUCGAAAGCAUUGCGGGCUCAGGCCCGGAUCCGACAAACACGGUAAUCAAUGGGGCAACCGUACAGUCGAAGCCACUUCUGGCAAGAGUGCUUGCCGACAUUGCGUCUCAAGCGCCUCGCAUAGGAGAGAAUCUGGGACUGAUCCAUUCCUUGGUCGACACUACGCUCUUCGAUGGCGGUCUUGUUGACGAUCGGCAAUAUCAGAUGGAGAAGAUUCUACAGUUGGCGGCCUCGUUACCGCCCGGGUCAAAGUCUCUUGACGACCUGACUGACAAGUUCAUCAAAUUGUUGUGGGAGAAUUUGGAGCAUCCUCCACUGUCAUACCAGGGAGACGAGUACAAAUUCCGUACAGCAGACGGCUCCAACAACAAUAUCAUGUACCCACACCUCGGCAAAGCCGGCUCAUAUUAUGCCAGGACCGUCACUCCACAGACACUGCAACCGGGUGUCCUCCCGGAUCCUGGUGUGAUCUUCGAUGCGAUCUUCGCGCGUGGUGAGGAGCCCAGAGAGCACCCGAAUAAGAUUUCUAGUAUGCUGUUCUACCUUGCAACGAUCAUCAUCCACGACUGCUUCCACACGGACGAUGCCCAGUCCGGGAAGGUCAAAACGUCAUCUUAUCUCGACUUGGCUCCCCUGUACGGCAGUAGCCAGGAGGAACAGAAUCAGAUAAGAACGUUCAAGGACGGUCUCUUGAAACCGGACACAUUCUCGGAGAAGAGGAUCCUCGGCUUUCCCCCUGGAGUUGCCGCCAUUGUAGUCUGCUUCAAUCGGUUCCACAACUAUGUAGCCAUGCAGCUCAAGGAGAUCAACGAAGGAGGCCGAUUCCGCGCCCCUAAGAGCGACCAGGACAAGGUUGGUCUCGCGAAGCUGGACAAUGACCUCUUUCAGACGGCCCGACUAGUCACUUGCGGGCUAUAUGUCAAUAUCAUCCUCAACGACUAUGUGAGAACCAUCCUCAACCUGAACCGGACUAAUUCGACCUGGACGCUUGAUCCCCGCAAGAACUUCUCCGACGUUUUCGACAGCGCUGGCGUCCCCUCGGGCGUCGGCAAUCAAGUCAGCGUCGAAUUCAACUUGGUGUACCGAUGGCACUCUGCGAUCAGUAUCAAGGACGAGAAAUGGACUAACGAUCUGUAUCAGUCGUUGUUCCCCGGCAGAGAUGUCGCUUCUGUGACUCAGUGGGAGUUGUUGCCAAGGUUGAAGCAGUGGCUCGAUGAGCGUGGAUCAGACCCUUCCAAAUGGCAACUUGACUCAGGAAAGUACAAGAGAACUGCGAAUGGCGCCUUCCGGGACGAAGAUCUCGUCGAAAUCUUGACCCAGUCGACCGAAGAUGUCGCCUGCGCGUUCGGGCCGAGAAAUGUACCAUUGGUGAUGAAGCUGAUUGAUGUCCUGGGUAUUCAGCAAGCACGAGCCUGGAACGUGGCGACCCUCAAUGAGUUCAGGAAGUUCUUCAAGCUUCAGCCUCACAAGACUUUCUCAGACAUUACCAGAAACGAGGAGGUGGCGCGAUCGUUGAAGGCUCUCUAUCAGCACCCAGACUACGUUGAACUGUACCCGGGAAUUGUUGCUGAAGAUGCGAAGGAUCCUUUGGAGCCCGGGUCUGGUCUAUGCCCCGGCUACACCAUUUCUAGGACCAUCCUGGCCGAUGCCGUGGCGCUGACCAGGGGAGAUCGAUUCUAUACAGUCGACUACACGCCUGCAAACUUGACCAAUUGGGGCUGGUCCCAGGUCAAGUCCGAUCCCUCGGUGGCCCAAGGAGGAUGCUUCUACACUUUGCUCAUGCGAGCCUUGCCAUUCUACUACCGUGGGAACUCGGUUUACGCCAUGUUUCCCCUGACAGUGCCCGAAGAGAACCGAAAGAUCUUGACGAGGCUGGGCGUGGACCACGACUACAACUUCGACCCGCCAUCGUACGUCGGAGUGCCUACAUCGAUUCGUUCCUGGAAGGCGGUCACGGACAUCCUCGCAGACCAGGGUGGCUUCUCCGUCCCUUGGGGUCCUCACACAUACUACCUCACCCAUCACGACUACAUGCUCAGUGGAGACAGUGAGGCCAAUGCGACGCAGCGCAAAGAAACCCAAAGCGCAAUGAACUGCCCUGUUAACGGGCUUGCCCAGGUUCAGAAGUUUUACGAAGACCUGACGACACAGCUCGUCGUGGCACGAUCGGAGCGACUUAGAGGGGAAUGGUACCAACUCGAUGCUUGCCGGGAUGUCGGUAACCCCUCGCAUGCCAUCUUCGUUGCCCGCAUGUUCCAUCUCCCACUUAAGAAGCGCGGGGAUCUGAACCCUAUCGCAGUCGAGGUUGAUCAGCUGUACCUCGCGUUGUCCAUCAUGUUCGCUUAUGUUUUCUUGGAUCUCGACACGGCCAGCUCGUUCAAGCUACGUGCUGGUGCGAAGACCGCCAACGAGCAGCUCUCGAAACUGGUCAAGAUUGUGUGCGAAGCUGUUAAGGUAGGUGGCAUGCUUCGCCUCGGUGACAUCUUCUCGACAGGCAUUGCUGGCGAGCUUUUGGAAGACUAUGGUGUUCACUUUCUGAAGCGGCUGUUCGAAGGCGGCAAAUCGGUCGAUGUAGUGGUGUCGACCAUCAUCCCCACUGCCGCUGCCGCCGUUGCUACCCAGGCCCAGCAUUUCACCCAGAUGCUGGACAUCUACCUGUCUCCCGAACACAGCGAGCAUUGGCCGGAGAUCCAAAGGUGUGCCUGGUCGAACAAUCCAGCCGACUUUGACAAGCUGAAAGGCUACGCGCUCGAAGCCAAUCGUCUGGCGCCGGCGGCAUUCGGACUCCUCCGCAAAGCAAACAUCGACACCACCAUUGUCGACAACGGGCAGAAGGUCAAAGUCGAGUCGGGCGACCAGAUCUACGUCGACUUCAUCACUGCCGGUCUGGACGAGACCGUCUUUCCUAAUCCGCGCACGAUCGAUCCGACCCGGGAUCGAUCGCUCUACGUCCAUCAAGGUCACGGGCCUCACUCCUGUCUCGGUCGACCGAUGGUCGAAGUGGCCAUGGCGGCGCAGCUGAAAGUCUUUGCCAAACUCAAGAACCUCCGACGAGCGCCAGGCCCGCAAGGUCAACUCAAGAAAACCAUUCCAGCUCCUAAUCCCACGAGCAGCGAUCCAAAGGCCAAUCCGGGUAGGAUUGAGGUCUUCAUGUUGGAGGACUGGAGUUCGUGGUAUCCCUUCCCGACCACGUUGAAAGUUCACCACGAGGGCCUGUGGCGCGAGCAGCCUGACCAACUUGCCGGGCAGACCGGCGUCCCCGGCAUACAGGAGGACAUCCUGGACAGCGACAUGGCCGAGACGAAUGGACUGAAUGGGGACUAUGUCGAGGCCGACACGGCCUAA